CUUGAUUGAUGAUACCUCUCAACGAUCAGACAGCUCGUUUUCGAUAGCUCACAGUAAUGAAAAACGAUGGAAAAUAGUCCAAUGAUCUCAAGAUGAACGAUUAUAUAUUUCACACUUUCCCUUUGAAAAUUGUAACAUGUGAACGUCUUAUGAAUUUUGAAAAUUCUUACGAUAACACCAAAUAGCAUUUGUGGAUUCACAUAGAAUUUUAAGCCCCUAGACGACCUUGAUUUUCUGAUCGCGUUAAUAUUCCUAUUUGAUAAUCGUGGGAAAGAUCGCAGAUUCGACACCUUUCUCACGAAUACUCAUACCGAUUUAUGUCUGUAGCUUACUUAUUGUUAGAUAGAUUGGCUAUCGAUGACGGUAAUGUUUGGUUUUGGUCAAGGUUCGCCUAUCGGUUCAAUUUUAUCUAUUAUUUUCUACGGAUCACGUUUCAAGUACAUACAUCGUAUUUUCUUGCUUGAUCGGAUUUUCGAUCAAUAGAUGAGGAGGAAUAAUCGUUUUGUUAUCGCACAAUUGAAUGUGUUUUUCGUAGAAAACGAACGAAUAUUAAUCUUAUAGACAUUUUACAUAUAUACCUAUAUAUAAAUUCAAUAUUUUCUAUAAAUAGAAAAAUAAUUGUCCUUUCCCUUCGUGUCUUAAGGAGGGCAUCAUAUAAAUCAAAUCAUUGCAAAGUAUCAAAAACACUAUUUCCAGUUAAAUGAUAAAUAAUGUAAAAGAAAUAGAUCCUAUAAACAAAUUUUUUGCUACUGUAGAAUAUAUCGUCAAAUGUAUCGUGUUUCCUUAAGUGUACAUCAAUUGGUUUCGUGUUCUUUUUUUCUGAUCAUUCUCUACAUGAGAAACCAUCAACGGAAACAAAAAAGAAUAUGUUAAGUUUUAGACGAAAGAUCUAGCUUUGUUGUUACGUGGGUAGAAAAUGCUAAACGAUAGUUAAGAGAGAGGGUAGAGGUAGAGGGUAGAGUUUGAGACGUAUAAGUUGAGCUUGCAAACUUGUAAGCUCUAUCCCUCGCUGGCCUGGAUGUGUCUUAUAGUCUUAGUCAGUGCCUCGUGACUCGCAAUCCUAAACGGACGCAAGCUCACUCUCUCUCCCUCUCCCUCUCUCUCUCUCUCUCUCUCUCUCUCUCUCUCUUUCUCUCUCUCUCUCUAUCUCUCUCUCUCUCUCUCUUUCACACAUACACUCUCUCUCUCUGUCUUAUUCUCUAAUUAUUUGUGCCUCCAUUUAUUUUUCUUUUUUCAAUCAGCUAAUGAAAUCGAACUUUUAACUCUUAUGUGUUUCGUAAUUAUACGUAUAUCGUAUUUUUAGAUAUAUUUUCAAAAUUACGUUAAUGAAAUCGGACUAUCACAUUUGUCGGUCAAAAAUAAUUUAGAGAAGAGCUGAAUGAGAGUUAAAAGAAAAAAAAAAAAAGAUUGAGAUAUAAUUGUUGGAAUUUAAAUAUAUUCCCUUAUAACGCAUCGUUCAAGUUUAUUGUGUUUAAUUGUAAAUCGAUGGGAGAUAUGAUCACACGUGUGUUAUUCUUAAAGAAAAAAAAAAUAACAGAGUUCGUCGUGGUAGUGAUGUCCUUGAAGAAUGAAUACCUAUAAUAUAGUACAUCGUAGUUAUAUAUUAUAAAAGAACAACCAGGAGUAAUUAAAGAAUGAAAAAAAAGACGAAUGUGAUAAGAAACGCUAACGUGCAUUUAAUCAAGGAAGAAACUUUAUAAUAUGACUACGAAAUGAAAAACUGUUUAAAAGCUGUGCUAUUUAGAAAUUUAUAACGAACGCGUGAGAGAUCUUUUAAAACCAUCCUCGAGUAGCCAUAGUCUAAGAGUUCGUGAACAUCCUCGACUAGGUCCUUACGUCCAAGGAUUGACGUAUCACGUAGCUAAUACAUUAGAAACGUUAAUGUCAUACGUCGAGGGAGGUACAAAAGCCAGAAAGACAGCCGCAACGUUACAAAAUUCCAGCAGUAGUCGUAGUCACGCAUUGCUCACAAUUUUUCUUAAUCCGGAGAUAUCAACGACGACAGCUACGACAGGACAACAAUCAACGAAUGAUGAAAAUACCAAUAGAAAAUACAACGAUGGCGCGUCCUUUUCUAAGCGCAACGACGUCACACCUCGCAAUAACGGCAGUAAGCUGCAUUUGGUCGAUCUAGCCGGUAGCGAAAACGCUCAAAGGUGCGAUGGUGUACAUCGACUAAAAGAAGGUGCGAAUAUAAAUAAAAGUUUGGUAGCAUUGGGCAAUGUUAUUUCGGCUUUAACGGGGAAAGUCUCAGGUGCUAGUGGUUCCAGUAGAAGGUAUAUACCUUAUAGAGAUUCUUCGCUUACUUGGCUUCUGAAGGACGCACUCGGUGGAAAUGCUACCACCGUUAUGUUCGCAACCGUAUCACCAGCCAGUGAAAAUUACAACGAAACCGCGCAUACGUUACGAUUCGCUCAAAGGGCGCACAGCGUGGUCAAUAAACCCGUGGUCAAUGAAGAUCCCAUGGCAAAAACAAUCCGUGAAUUAAGGGCUGAGAUAACAAGAUUGAAAUCUUUGUUAUUAGAGAAGAACAUCGAGCCAGAUAAAAAAUCAUUACAAAAUGAAUCCGAGACGAACGAUACGGGAAAAAAGAAGGAUCAAUCGUCGAAAAAUAGUGUGCUGGGAAAUAAGAGACAGAUAGAACAUAUAAAAGAAGGUGUUAGUAGUGUUGGUGAUAGUAGUAAUAGUGGAGUUCUUUCUUUAAUCAGAAGGGUUAAUUCAACUGAGAAUUUAACAAAUCACGACAAUGCCUCCGUAAAAUCUAUUAGAAAAUUUGGUUCAUACGAAUGUCUCGAUUACAAAACGAGCACUAUCACUAGUUACAGUUAUAAUCGUGCUGAGGUUUCAGAAUUGAAGGACGAAGAAAACAAUUUCAUCGGAGAGAUAAACGAAGCUGUAUUCGUCGACAUUCCAACUCUUGUUGCAGUACUUAUAAAGCCGGAUAAUAAUUUCCACGAGAACUCGACACAAAUCGAAGAGAUUUGUUCUGACGAAAUACACGAUUAUCCGAUCGAGUCGGAUUUUAUAGGAAGUAGUAACCUUCGCGAAAUCUGUGAAAAUCGUACAAGCAAAGCUGCGAACAAUGAUUAUGAAAAUGAAAAUAAUCAUUUCAAUCUAGAUUUGGAUAAUGAAAUAAACGAUACUCGUUCAAAUAUCAUUCAUUUGGGAAGAAAAGAAAAAUCUAAAUUUUGUAAACAAGAUUCCAUUAAUGUUGCAACACCAACGGAAACGUCUACGAACUUGUAUAUGUCGAGAAAAUUCGGUUCUGUCGAAAUAUUACAAAAAAAACGUGAUAAUCUAGCGACUCUAGAGAGAUCCAAUACGAAUUUAGAGAAACAAACGACGGUACCCGAAGAAGUCGACAUAGAGAAUAAACUCGUAAAUAAAGGAAAAGUCGAAAAUUCUAAAAGCGAUAGCUAUACAAGCCUAUGGAAAGAUACUAACAAAUUUGACAGUAGAGAUUAUCUUCAAAGGACUGGUAGUAAUGAGUUUGAAAAAAAUCCGAAAGAUAAUUCAUCCGUGAUAAGUCUUAUAGGGAAAAUUAAAAAUACAGCGAGAAAGCCAAGUUUAGAAAGUUUAAAGAGGAAGACCAGUAAGGACAGUAGUUCGAGUAGUUCGAAAGACGAACAGAUAUUGAUUUCGAGUUUAACGAAUGAUAAGAUUUUAAGGAGAAAGGAUUCAUUGGAUCAUAAUCCAUCUACAAGGGUUCACACUCCUGUACAAAAGACGAAGAGAGCGGAGAUUGUGGCUGCUGUUACGGAAAGAUUAUAUUCGAGCAGGAAACAAGUGGAAGAAAUGACAGGUGUAACAGGAUCUCCAUCAACGUCUCUUUCAGGUAUUCGUUCACCUCCAGAGGGAACGGACGUUAGAUUAACGACGUCCUCUUUGACGGCUAAAACAAAACUUCAAGAGAUAUCGAGAAAGAUGCUAGCCAAACGACGACGUGUCAAUGUUGAUACGCAAACGGAACAAAUCCAAACGAUUCGUAUGAAGGAUUCGGCAUCUUUAACGGACGAGACAAAAAUUGUUUGUCAAGAUGUAGGUGUAUUAACCGACGAACACAACGGUUAUCAAACGAAUAUGGACAAUAGAUCGCCUGUUAUUAGAGUAAAAGAAAUUGCAACAUUGACGGACAAAUUAAAAUACAAAGUCAUAGAAUCUAAAGAUGCAGAGUGUUUGGUGAAUGAUCUCAAUUUUUACGAAUACGGUGUGAAUACUUUAAAUAAUAAUUCCAAAAUAUUAUUGGAUGAUAUGAGAACUUAUACGAAUAAAAUGUCUAAUACAGAUACUACAGAAUUAUGUUUAGCUAACGAUAAAAAAGUCAAUCGUUUUGAUAAAUCAACGAAUACUGUGACCGUUCCUGUUGCAGUCAAUUCUAUCAUUCAAACGCAACAGCCACCAGAGCAAUCAAUUGUACAAGAAAAAACAACGCAAUAUUUUGAAAAGAAUUACAAUGUAAUUGAAGAAUCCAUUCUUACAACGGCUGUACAAAAAUCAGAUAGAAACGUUAUUUCCAUGUGUUUACCCGAUACUAUUAGUAUAACUAUCGAAAGCUCAAAUCUUUUAGAAUCAAAAGUUGUUAUAAUUGAUGAUACUUUAAAUAAGACAAGUAUCUCGGAAAAAAGAGAUUUAUCUCGUUUAAAAGACAAUGAAUGUCAAACUGAAACUGAAAAGAAAAAUAUCAAAGAGGAAGACAUGAGUAAUGAUUGUUAUGUGAAAGAAUUUGCAACAAAAUCAAGUGUCAGUCAAACGGAUAAUAAAUGUUUUAGAAUCGAAAAUAUAUUUGAAGAUCCUCGGCAUACCUCUAAGAUAUGUACUCAAUCGGAAGAAGAUACGUUGAAUACAUCUAAAAACACAGCUACGAAAGCAUCAGUUACUUUUACCAAUUCUUUAGGUACCUCCUCCGUUCCAGAUACAAAAGAAUCUGCUACUGAUAUGAACAAGGGACAGGUUUAUGCACUUCAAAGUGGUCGAUCAUUUAACCGAGACAAAAGCUUUAGAGAAACGUUUAUUUCAAAAAAAUAUAAUAACCCAUUAGCUACAGACAUUUGGAAAAAUUGGAUGAUUUCAUUUCCUCCAACUUCGUGGCAACGCCCAAGAAAUGUAUUAUCAGUUAACGGGUUGACAUUUGCAUGGAAUAAUUCUUUAAACAACGACUGUACCGCGAUCGUUAGUACUAAAGAUUUGAAAGAACCUAAUUUAAAUUCCAAUGUCUUUCUUCCGAAUAAUAUGUACGAUAAUAAUGAAGGUACAGAUUUAAAAUCUCCGUCUUUGAUCGCCAGAAUAGAUUCUAAAAGACUGCUAGAACACGAUUAUAAUUUUUCAGAUGACAGUCUUGAUUAUAACGAGGAAAAUGUUAUCUGUAAUUCGAAUAAUAUAAAUACAGAAACUCCUGAGGAGAAUGAAAUUUUUGAAAAUAUUUGUCCACCCGACGUUGUCGCUCAUACUAAGAAAGAAAAUUCAAUUACAUUAGGAAAUAAUUGCGACAAUAACGUCGAAAUCUCACUCGCAAAUCAUUUCGAAAAGGAUCAAAUAGAAUUUCCAAAGAAAAAAUCUAUCGAACCAAUCGAUGAAUCUUCCAUUUCUGUUCACAAUUAUAAAUCAUUGAUUUUAAGUAAAGAUACAAUUAACAUCGAUAAUUCACAGGAAGCACGAAUUAAUUUCGAAGAAAAGUCAUCGAAUAUCUUAAAAAAUUCUUGUAAGAAAAAAGUCACUUUUAUGGAUAGCAAAACUUCAAAAGAACAUCAGAUUAGACCAACGGAAACAAAUUCAUUGAAUCAAAGUAAAACUUUUUCUAAGCCUUUUAUUAAAAAGAAAAUGCACGAUGCUAAUGAUGAUGAUUCUCAGGUUGUUUAUAUGGAUGAUAGAGAAUUGUUAAUAAAUAAAGACAAAAUUUCGGAUGAUCAUCUUGAAAAUAUAAAUAACGAAGGUGAUAACAUCAAAGACAAAAUGCAAUCGAGUGCGCAAGAGAAAAAGACUACGGCUAAUUUUGUCAAGAUAUCGAGUAACAAAAGCAUCAAGUCUUGCGGAAAAAAUAGUUUUCAAAAUAGUUGGAGUGAUUCCGAUAGCAGUGAAGAUAUUAACAGAGACGAGGAUUGUAUUGUAAAAUUAAAGAGGAAAAUAUUACAAGAAUACGUCAACGAGGCAACAACGUUUAUGCGUAAUAUGAAUUCUCUCAAUGAAUAUAUAAAUAAUACUACAAAUAUUUGUGAGAAACAUCAGAGACAAGAGAAAAAACGAGGAAAUCAUCGACGAUAUUAUCCUCAGCGAAACGAAAACAAUACGGAAUUGAAAGGUCAUAAAGUUAUCGAUAAUAAUAUUGAAUUGUUAGAAGAAACUGACGUUAUAGUAGCCACAGAAUCUUUUAAAAAAUGUUUAGAAGGUAUCGAGAGAUUAGAAAAUUGUAUAGAAAAAACAAAUAAGCACAAUGAGUAUCUCCGUGAAAAAUAUGGCAUCGUCGUUGAAUCUGCUGGCGCUAAAUCUGGUUUAGCGAGCUCUAGUAUAGAUUCUAGUAUAAAUUCCAAGAUCUCUUCUAAUCCUGUUCGAAAAGAUACGAAUUUACAGGAAGAACCUAUUAUUUCGGAAACCUUAGAGAAUUUACUUCCUUCUAACAGGUGUUCUCUUAAAGAUUCUUCCAUGCCGAGAUUUACAGAAGAUCCAUACGAUCCAUUAAGGAUCUAUGAUGACUUUUACGAUACGAAUAAUGAAGAAGUGUUUAAUGUAAAAAGUAAAAUUGAAAAAAAACAUUCUAAUCGAUUAAUAAACGUUUACCCAUCUUGCCAUUGUCGUACGAAAAGUAUUUUUUAUAGAAAAGAAAAACAAUUUCAGAAUAGUACUUGCAAAUUUUAUCAUUUUUAUGAUGAUAGAAAUAUGAACGAUUUUCUGGAUGAUUCAGGCGCAAAGGAGGAUGAAAAUAUAGAAUUGUCAAGUAGUAUUUUAAUGAAGCCUAUAAGGUAUUACGAACAUUUAGGAAAAUCAUUCGAGGAUAAUGGCUUUCCAAGGUUAAUGACAAACACUUUUUUGAGAUGUACAAAAAAUGAAACACUGAAUUUUGCCAAUUCAAGAAUAUUCCAUCGAGCUACCGUUACCGAUACUAAGCCAUAUUCCUGGGAAAGAUGGCGAUAUCGUCCUGAAAGUCCAAGAGCAAAAUUUUUAGAAUUGUUGCACGAAAGACGACGCAUCGUUGAAAACAGCAGAGAUGUCACAUUUUAAAAUAUCAUCUCCAUCAAAUAUGUAAAUUAUAAAUUCAUUUCUCCCAUAUAUUUUUCUACAUUAAUGAUUAAAUAAAAAAAAAAAAAAGAAAAAUAUAAUGUAAUAA